AUGGCUGAAAAAGUAAAGCUCUAUGGGAUGUGGGUAAGCCCUUUUUGUCGCAGAGUUGAACUUGCCCUGAGACUGAAAGGGAUACCAUAUGACCUAGAGUACAUUGAAGAGGAUUUGUCCAGCAAGAGUCCUUUACUUCUAAAAUACAACCCAGUUCAUAAGAAAAUUCCUGUACUUGUACACAAUGAGAAGCCAAUCGCUGAGUCACUAGUCAUUCUUGAAUACAUCGAUGAGAUAUGGAAAAGUAAUCCUAUUUUGCCACAAGAUCCUUAUCAAAGAGCCAUGGCUCGCUUCUGGGCUCGGUUCAUAGAUGAAAAGGUCUUGCCAACAGUUUGGGAGGCUUAUUUUGGUGCAGAGAAGGAAAAAGAGAAAUGCACACAAGAGGCUUCUCAGCAGCCGAAAUUACUGGAGAAGGAACUUAAUGGGCGGGACUUCUUUGGAGGUGAUAGUAUUGGUUAUGUGGACAUUGCGGCAAUUGUUAUAGCAUUUUGGUUCCGAGUGACACAAGAAGAGUUAUUGACUAAAGAAAAGUUCCCACUUCCGUUUAACUGGAUUGAGAAGCUCCAAGCUAGUGAUGCAGUCAAUGAAUGCCGACCUCCUAUAGAAAAACAUCUUGAAUUUGUUAGAACUCGCUAUGAAGCUUUCAAAUCUGCUGCCAAAUGA